AUGGGAAAAACGCAAAUAUGGGAAAAACGCAAAUAUUGGAAAAACGCAAAUAUGGCAAAACUGCAAAUAUGGCAAAGACGCAAAUAUAAGAAAAACGGAAAUAUGGGAAAGACGCAAAUAUGGGAAAGACGCAAAUAUGGGAAAGACGCAAAUAUGGGAAAGACACAAAUAUGGGAAAGACGAAAAUAUGGGAAAGAUGCAAAUAUGGGAAAGACGCAAGUAUGGGAAGAACGUAAAUUUGGAAAAAAUGCAAAUAUGCGAAAAACGCAAAAUGGGAAAAACGCAAAUAUAGGAAAAACGCAAAUAUGGGAAAAACGCAAAUAUGGUUAUAACGCAAAUAUGGUUAAAACGCAAAUAUGGCAAAAACGCAAAUAUGGCAAAAACGCAAAUAUGGGAAAGACGCAAAUAUGGGAAAAAACUAAAUUUGGGAAAAACGCAAAUAUUCGAAAAACGCAAAAUGGGAAAAACGCAAAUAUAGGAAAAACGCAAAUGUGGGAAAAACGCAAAUAUGGUUAUAACGCAAAUAUGGUUAAAACGCAAAUAUGGCAAAAAAGCAAAUAUGGCAAAAACGCAAAUAUGGCAAAAACGAAAAUAUGGCAAAAACGGAAAAUAUGA